AUGUGGACCUGCUCACUACAGGCCAGACACACAAGUUGAGUCCCCUUCUUUCCUCUUGUGUCCGAGCUGCAGAACAGACACGAUCAUGCCUGGACUUCUCUUGGGAGACGUGUUCCCCAACUUCGAGGCCAACACCACCAUCGGGAAGAUCAAGUUCCACGACUUCCUGGGAAACUCAUGGGGCAUCCUGUUCUCCCACCCAAGGGACUUCACUCCUGUGUGUACCACCGAGCUCGCCCGCGCUGCGAGGCUCAGCAGUGAGUUCAAGAAACGAGACGUGAAGAUGAUUGCCUUGUCCAUUGACAGCGUUGAGGAUCACUGCAGCUGGAGCAAGGAUGUGAUGGCAUUUAACAGUGAGGCUGAAAGCGCUCUGCCCUUCCCCAUCAUCGCUGAUGACAAGAGGGAGCUGUCUGUCAAGCUGGGCAUGCUGGACCCUGACGAGAAAGACAAGGAUGGAAUACCCCUCACUGCACGCUGUGUCUUUGUGAUUGGCCCCGACAAGAAGCUGAAGCUUUCCAUCCUUUACCCUGCCACCACGGGAAGGAACUUUGAUGAGCUGCUUCGAGUUAUCGACUCCCUGCAGCUCACUGCACAGAAGAAGGUCGCCACACCUGUUGACUGGAAGCCUGGUGAUAAAGUCAUGGUCAUUCCCUCACUUUCUGAGGCUGAGGCUACUACUCUCUUCCCAAGUGGUGUGACCACUAAAGACAUGCCUUCGGGGAAGAAUUAUUUGCGCUACACCCAGCUGUGAACAAUCACUAAAGAAUAUAUCCCACUCUAGUUUACCGCUGUUGCACCUGGAAAUCAUUGGAUGAUAAUUCACACGUAGAGCUGACCAACAGCAUAGAUGUUCUGAUCUGGGUUGGUGACUUGUUAUUUAGUCCGCAUUGAACCAGUAGGAUUUAUAGAGUCAGCAUAGAGUGCCUUGUUUACCUUCCUUCAAUAAAUUCUUUUGACACAUC